UCUACCGAGAUUAAACGCGGUGGCCGAGACGACCAACGGUAAACGCAGAGAUUGUGAGAAACGGAAAGAGAAAGAGAUUCAGAAACCGGAAGAAACAUAAAAUUAAAGGAAAAAAAGGAAUCUCCCGAGAGUCUCGUAUAGAGGGACGGACAAAGAUAGGGGUUUUGUCUCAAUAUCGUUCGAUCCGUCAGUCUGUUUUUACGAUCUUUCGUUGGAAACUCACAUUAGGGCACGUUUGGUUGAGGUUUUUUUUUUUUUUUUUUUUUGUGCGAUGCUUGAUCUGCUAUGAAAAACCUUGCAAUGUUCCGAUUCGAGGAGGAGAAGAUUCGAAAGCGGCUUUGAGUGUCUGAAGAAAUUUUGGGCGCCAUGGCGGACGCUCUAUCGAUAAUUCCAGCGGCUGUGCUUCGAAACUUAUCCGACAAGCUUUACGAGAAGCGCAAGAAUGCCGCGCUUGAGAUUGAAGGAAUUGUGAAGCAACUUGCCGCUGCUGGAGAUCAUGAGCGAAUUACGGCCGUGAUCAAUCUUUUGACCACCGAAUUUACAUAUUCGCCACAGGCGAACCACCGGAAGGGUGGAUUAAUUGGCCUUGCUGCUGCGACGGUUGGCUUGACAACAGAAGCCGCUCAGCAUCUUGAGCAAAUUGUACCACCUGUUCUUAAUUCCUUCUCUGAUCAAGAUAGCAGAGUUCGAUAUUAUGCUUGUGAAGCCUUAUAUAACAUUGCAAAGGUUGUAAGAGGAGAUUUUAUUGUAUUUUUCAAUCAGAUCUUUGAUGCACUCUGUAAGCUUUCAGCAGACUCUGAUGCUAAUGUGCAAAGUGCUGCUCAUCUUUUGGAUCGACUUGUAAAGGAUAUUGUAACCGAAAGUGAUCAAUUCAGUAUUGAAGAAUUUAUACCAUUGCUAAGGGAGCGCAUGAAUGUCUUAAAUCCCUAUGUCCGCCAGUUUUUGGUAGGAUGGAUUACUGUAUUGGAUAGUGUUCCGGAUAUUGACAUGCUUGGUUUUCUGCCAGAUUUUCUUGAUGGUUUGUUCAACAUGUUAAGUGAUUCUAGUCAUGAAAUACGCCAACAAGCUGAUUCAGCACUUUCUGAAUUUCUCCAAGAGAUCAAGAAUUCUCCAUCUGUAGAUUACGGUCGCAUGGCUGAAAUUUUGGUGCAGAGGGCAGGUUCUCCAGAUGAAUUUACUCGGCUCACAGCUGUGACAUGGAUAAACGAAUUUGUAAAACUUGGUGGAGAUCAGCUCAUUCCUUACUAUGCUGAUAUUUUGGGAGCCAUUUUGCCCUGCAUAUCCGAUAAAGAGGAGAGAAUAAGAGUGGCUGCUCGUGAAACCAAUGAUGAACUCCGUGCAAUCAGGGCUGAUCCAGCUGAGGGAUUUGAUAUUGGUGCUAUCCUUUCCAUUGCAAGGAGGCAAUUAUCUAGUGAAUGGGAGGCUACUAGAAUUGAGGCAUUGCAUUGGAUUUCAACUCUUUUAGCUAGACAUCGUGUUGAGGUCUUAUCUUCCUUGAAUGACAUAUUUGAUACUCUUCUUGGAGCAUUAUCGGAUACUUCUGAUGAGGUAGUACUCCUUGUGCUUGAUGUGCAUGCAUGCAUAGCAAGAGAUGCACCUCAUUUCCGCCAGCUUGUUGUUUUUCUAAUGCACAACUUUCGGGUCAAUCACUCGCUUCUUGAAAAGCGCGGUGCUUUGAUAAUCCGUAGGCUUUGUGUACUUUUGGAUGCUGAACGGGUCUACAGGGAACUCUCUACAAUCCUUGAGGGAGAAGAUGACUUGGAUUUUGCCUCCAUUAUGGUUCAGGCUCUGAAUUUGAUUUUACUUACUUCAUCUGAGUUGUCUGAUUUGCGGGAUCUUCUAAAGCAAUCACUGGUGAAUGCUGCUGGAAAAGAUUUAUUUCUUUCUUUGUAUUCCUCUUGGUGUCAUUCUCCAAUGGCAACAAUAAGUCUUUGCUUAUUAGCUCAGGCUUACCAGCAUGCCAGUUGUGUGAUUCAGUCAUUGGUGGAGGAAGAUAUAAAUGUGAAAUUCCUGGUUCAGCUGGACAAAUUGAUCCGGUUGCUGGAGACUCCAAUCUUUGCUUAUCUAAGACUGCAGCUUCUUGAACCUGGAAGAUACAUAUGGUUGUUGAAGGCCCUGUACGGUCUUCUUAUGUUGCUACCGCAGCAAAGUACAGCUUUCAAGAUACUGCGAACUCGACUGAGAACUGUACCUUCAUACUCCUUCAAUGGUGAGCAAUUGAAGCGAACAUCUUCGGGGAACCCAUACUCUCAGAUUUUACAUCACAUGCCAAGCGGAUCACAUAUCAUGGAGGAUGGUGACAAGAAUCAGGAUCCGGGGAAUGCACAUAAUGGAAUCAACUUUGCUUCACGGUUGCAGCAGUUUGAGAACAUGCAGCACCAACAUCGUACAUGUGCAAAAUCACAGUUGCAGUCUCGAAAUUCCAUUUCAUCCAACUUAUCCCAGGAGGUUCAAAGACCUUUGGAAGAGUCCCGCCGACCUUCACCCAUGCCGGAUAUGACGCGACCUCCUUCAAGGUCAUCAUGGAAAGGGCCAGGGCAAUAACAACAAUGAUUAUGUUUAUUUUUCUUUUUUGUUUUUGCUAUUGUUCACCUUUGCUAUUCCACCAAGCCUUUGACAAAUAUGCGGAUCCAUUUUAUAUUCGCAAGUCAGAACAUCAUCUGGUAGUGUAAUUGUAAAAUUGUAUAUCUUGGAGGUUUGUUGUGUUGAAUUUCUGGAGGUUGUGGUGGUAGGAAUUGUGCUUAAUUGGCAUAAGCCUGGGCAUUUCCUGGGCUAUUCUUUUGUGUUUAUGGACAGGACUCGUGCUCAUGUGGUUCUGUUAUUUUUUUAUUGAAGGCCACAUGAGCAAUAGAGAGAAUUCGAAUUUAGGGUAUGCAGUUGGUUGUAUUGUCCAUUUGUUACUACAAUUUCAAAGAAGUAAAGCAUUCAGGGAAUUAUGUAAAUUGAUCUUUUGUAA